AUGUCUCGUCUGUCUUACUCACUGGCGGGAGCCUCCUUGCUCGUAACUUUCAUUGUCACUAUUCUCAAUGGGAUCUGCUACGCAACCUCCAAAGCCUCUCCCGAUGUUGCCUCGACUAUCCUAAGUGCAGUAAGCUUCUUGACUCUGGUUGCUCUCAGCCUGCUGCACCACCAAAAUAUACAAACCGGCCGCCAACUAUUGAUCUGUUUCGCCGGCGGAUAUCUACUCAUUUCCGCUGCAGCAUCUGCCGGAGCAAUGGCAGCUAGUCCUCAAGCCUCGGUCUUGGUGGUUCGCUCGGUGUUCUGGGCACUAUCAGUAUUUGCGCAAGGCCUGUACUGCGGGUUCCUUGUCGUCACGCUAGUCCAGGAAAAAUCUAAUUCUGAAUGGCCGCGUGCCUACUCCCAGGAGCUCAAGGAUAUCCCGCGGACCCCACGUUUUCUUCCAUCACCUCCUCCAGUAUGCGACUUGUCCGAUCUAUUUGAACCUAAAAGAGCCUCACUCCGCAAAUUCCCCCGGCGAUCCAGUCACUACUCAGACGCAACACUCUGUCCUCCAAGCAUAAAGGAAGAAAAGUGUACCCCCAUCGACACACCAUGCUCUGCCCACAGCUCACCAAGCCCAUCCCCAACACGGGAUAGAAGGGUAGACACCCUCCCAGACCGGGACACUCGUCCCCUCCUGCAAGGUACCCACAGCAUUCGGAGCAUGCCCAGCCUACGACGCAACACACCAGUUCCAUCCCCAUCAGCAUCAACAACCCGCAUUGACUCCCCAACACAGUCCGGCUCUAACAAUUCAACGUGGGAAUAUAACCCAUUCGGCGAAGAGAACAUCCACCCUCUCUUCCGGUCAACAAGCCCCUGUCCGUCGCCAACCUUUGCCCCGGGGACAAUGGUCAAGGCCUCACCGAGCGCGGGGCAGACCAUCACACCUGGCACAAUCACGCGCAUGAGAUCUGCUCGCUCCCUCCGCGAUCAGUCCACGCUUACACCCUCCUCGCUGCCAGGGUCAGAGGAUACACUCCACCCGAUGAUGACUCCAACCCCAGGUGGUUCUGUGCGUUCGUCUUCUGAGAAGCGAUAA